AAAUGUAAUGAGACUAUCACAUGGUUGGAUACCAACCAGCAAGCGGAGAAGGAUGAGUUCGAGUAUAAACAGAAGGAAUUGGAGCACAUUUGUAGCCCAAUUAUAACGCGUUUGUACCAAGGUGGCGUACCACCACCACCACCACCAAAUGCAGCUGGUGGUGGUCCCGGUGCUGGUGGUGCUGCUGGUGGGCCGACAAUUGAAGAGGUGGAUUGAACGAGUUUUGGGCGCCAAAAUACGUUUGGUGGAAUUUAAAAAGUUAAAAGGCGUAAAACAUAUUUUUUGACGUUCUUUUAUUUUUCUAAAUAACAUUUUUUUUUAUUUUUUGUUAUCUGAUGCUUUAAUUCGUAUUUGAUUAUCAUCUAUUUUACAUAUCUAUACAUAAAUUGUAACAAC